UAGGAACAGCUGUUCAGCCACACAUUCUGGGCAAGAAGAAGCACCUGCGUUUUCUUAAUCCGAAACCAGAAAAAACAUUUAAUUUUUUGUUUUAUAACUGAAAAUUAUUUUAUUUUGUGUCCAACCUGCUUUAUAAUGUACCUCUCGCGCCAGUUGAGAUUGUUUCCCAGGGCAAACAUUGCGCGGAGCCUGAGCUCUAGUGGAGCACAUUACACAACAGCGGCAUCGGUGGAGGAGUCCCCCAUAGAGAUUCCAAAUCGGAUUGAACGAUCGCCCACUGAUCUUCUUCAGGCGUUGGCCGGAACCGUGGGCAGGGAUCACACAGCACCACACUACAAGUACCACGAUGACCCAUUCCUGAUACCCUUGUCCAAUGCUGCAAAGCGGACUUAUGCCAUAUCCAAGGAGUCGGGACGCAAGGCUGCGAAGUGGAUAAAGGAGGAGCACCGUGAGCUGUUUAUGCACCAAGAAGCUCAUCCACCUAUCGAGAAAUUUGCUCCCAACAUGGUCUACACCGAAGAUUCCGAGAUUGAUGAGAGUUCGCUUCAACAACUGAUAGCCCAGGGUGAACUCACGGAUGCUGUAUUGGUCUACAACCUCCUUGAACAAAAGGGAGUCCCAAUCAGUCCAGAUCUUAAGAAAAGUCUUCUGGAGCUGGUGUGCUUUUACAACAACCAGGAACCCAUACCCGAAGAAUACAUUGAGGAGCGUUGGUUCACGCAGAACAACCGACGACGUGAGCGAAGUGGCAAAACCUGGAAAGACGGAGAUCUGGCAGAGAAACUUUACUCCGAAAUCGAACCAAAGACGCCACAAACCUACGCUUCGCUCAUUCGCGGAAUGGCCAAGUAUUUGCAGUGCGAGCGGGCGUACGCAUUGCUUCAGGAAGCCGGAGAAAAGCAAAUCCAACUGGACACAAACACUUUUAAUUCCAUUAUUCAAAUAGUAAAUUUCCUGAAAGACACGGCCGAGCAGCGUUGGCAGCUCUGCACGGAGUUGCUGCAAGAAAUGUCUCAGCAAAAACUACGUCCCAAUUUGGGAACCUUGAAUGCGGUGCUUCAGUGCAUCAGCACAUUUGGCAACUUCAAGCUAGCACGAACUGCUGCCCUCCAAGUUCUACCGGAAUUUAAGCAACUAGGCGUGACUCCUAGUCUCGGCACCUACUACUAUUUGCUAAUCAUCUUCUGUCGGGAAAGGGGACCAGUGUCUCAUGUAAUUGUGGAUAUUUUAAAUGACAUCGCCGGCAAGGAAUUUAAGAUUGAGCACAUCAAGGACACAUAUUUCUUUGCUACAGCCAUGGAUGUGUGCCGCAAUCAUUUGCAUGACAAAUCGCUGGCCAAGAAGGUCGACGAGCUGUUGCACACGGGUAAGAACUACGAUUUGAUAGGCGACUCUUUCAAGGAGUCCAUAUACUAUCGCAAUUAUGUAGCACUGCUUUGUCAAACGGAAUCCAUUGAUGACUUUAUGGUUACUUAUGACCUGUUAGUGCCCAACAUCUACACACCAGAACCAGGAAUCAUGGAGGAGAUUCUGAAAGCCAUUGAGAUCAAUGGCGGUGUGGAAUAUGUUCCACGCAUCUGGUCUGAUAUGGUAGUGUUUGAUCACACACACCGCGAAAGCCUUUUACUAUACGUUCUCCGUAUUUUGGUGAGCAACAAGCCAAAUCUAGAGUCUCCCGCCCAACAAAAUCUUCCGGAGCAGGCUGCCAAGGUGGCCCUGGAUAUGUAUGAAAAGGUUGAAGACGCAAUUAAGGGCCUCCGAAAGGUCUCUUUCACCGGUCAGAUGCUCGGAGAUAUGCUCACUCUACUCCUCCGCGGCGGUAACUUUGAAAAGGCCAAGGAGGUGUUUGCUUAUAUAGACAAAAACCAACACAAGAUUCCCGGAACCCCAACCGAAAGUGCUCUGCAAGAGUUUGUGGAGGCCAGUGUUCUGGAAAAGUCACCCAGCCAGGCGCUGGUCGCCCUGCAAUAUGCCGUUGAAAACAACAUCGAUGUAAGUGCAUUGACUAAACGCAUCCAUGAAGGAUUUACCCUUAAUGAAACGCACUUGGCUAAACUGAAAUCGCUGGUGGGAGAAAGUUUUCUGGAUAAAUAGUAGCAUUUUGUUGAUAAUACACUUUUGUAAUUGAGAAAUAAAAUUGUUAAAUAAAUAACUAUUAAAUUAAAAA